GUCUCGGACAAACUCCAGAUUUUUGUCUUCGCUGCGGCGUCAACAAUUUUCCAAAUUUUCAAUCUCUUUCCAAUAGAAAAUUUUCCAAUUUCUUUUGAAAAUUUCAGUGAGAAACGAUUUAAGAACGAUAUAUACAGAGAGAGAGUUUGAGGGAGUGAAGUCAAAGUUGCAGUUGGAGCAGUGGCAAUAGCUGCGGAGAGUAGGAGUGGUUCUUCUUCGUCGGUCGUUCCUCCCCAAAUCUAGGGUUUGGGGGGCCGAAUUACAUCUUCGUCGGCCCAAGUACUCCCAAGAUCUCGCCUUUGCUGCUCGAGGAUCGUGAGCAGUAGCAGGAUUUGAUUUUGUUGUUGUCGACGCAGGGCAAAGUCUCUACUGAUAUAACCAUUUGAACUGCUACUGUUGAGUCAUUGGCACUGCUACAGAAGAAGGGUCAGCAACCGAGUCACAUUUCCCAGCGGUCAGUUUAGCCAUGAUGGCAGAGGGCAGUCCCAGGACAGAUACCUCCACAGAUGUGGACACUGAUGAGAAAGAUCAGAGGUUUGAACGCGGUCAACUUGCUGUUCUUGCAGCUUCUGAUUCAAGUGAUAGGUCAAAAGACAAAACACUUGAUCAAAAGACUCUUCGUCGCCUUGCACAAAAUCGUGAAGCUGCCAGAAAGAGUAGACUAAGGAAAAAGGCUUAUGUACAACAACUAGAGAAUAGUAGAGUAAAGCUGACUCAAGUUGAGCAGGAGUUUCAACGAGCUCGUCAGCAGGGUAUUUUUAUCUCUAGCUCAGGAGAUCAAUCACAUAGCAUGGGUGGGAAUGGGGCAUUGGCUUUCGAUGUUGAAUAUGCACGAUGGCUCGAAGAACACAAUCGGCAGAUAAAUGAACUGCGGGCAGCAGUUAAUGCCCAUGCGAGUGAAAAUGAUCUGCGUGUUACCGUCGAUAGUAUCCUCACACACUAUGAAGAAAUAUUUAGGAUCAAGGGCGUCGCUGCCAAGACAGACGUCUUUCACAUGUUAUCUGGGAUGUGGAAGACACCAGCUGAAAGGUGUUUCCUAUGGCUUGGGGGUUUCCGAUCGUCUGAACUUCUAAAGUUACUUGCAAAUCAGCUCGAACCUCUAACAGAGCAGCAAUUGAUGGGGAUAUGCAAUCUCCAGCAGUCGUCGCAACAGGCUGAAGACGCUCUCUCUCAAGGGAUGGAGGCCUUACAGCAGUCCCUAGCAGAAACAUUGGCUGGGUCUCUUGGCCCCUCUGUAUCAUCAGGAAAUGUCGCAAAUUACAUGGGUCAGAUGGCUAUGGCUAUGGGAAAACUUGGAACUCUCGAGAAUUUUCUUCGCCAGGCUGAUAAUCUGCGGCAGCAAACCUUACAACAAAUGCAUCGAAUCUUGACGACCAGACAGUCUGCUCGGGCACUUCUUGCCAUAAACGAUUACUUCUCGCGUCUUCGUGCCUUGAGCUCCCUCUGGCUUGCUAGGCCUAGAGAGUGACAAGCUCCAUGUAUUUGCUUCAGGCAGCUCCAGGCUUCCUGGCUCGAUCUACCGACAUUUCGAUGGUUUCAGUAGAUUCCUAGCUCUAGCAGUAUUGAUGGAUGGAUGGAACGAGGGAGCGCUGAGAGACUCAAUGGAGUUAAAUCAGAUCUUGUAUAGCGAUCAUAGUCCCAUUAUCGUGCCGUGUAACUUUUGAGAGGCAAAAACAAAUGUGCUAAUGUCUUCUCAGGUGAAUAAGAUUAAGGAUAUCUGAUGGAAUAGUGAUUUAUUGGUGAUGACUCGUAAACAAUGACUCUGCAACAUCUGUGAUAUCGAUAUCCUGAUUCCUCUUUGUAUGGGUGUCUUGAAACUCGGAUCAAGGGUUGAAUUGAAGAGGUUUAUUGGUGCUUUUUCUA